AUGUCGCUUGGCGCCACAUCGUGCCCUCAAGACGAGCGGGCUGCAUCUGGUACAGCAUGCCAAUCCGUACAAGCGUGCCAUCCUGGUCGGGACCGUUCCUUCCACCAUGCUGAUGGUGCAGAUGCCGAUGAUCAGACACGCUUCGCAUCGAGCGCGCCCGUGGAAGCCCAGGCUCCUCUUCGCACCCCGAGCCAAAUCGAUAGAAGGGCAGAGAUGUACAGAAAAACGGCUUUGUCAUCUUUCUAUGCUCGCCGCGUCGCCGGAUUAGCUCCAAGUGUGUGGGUGGACUCCGAUGAAGAAAGUGAGGACGCUGCGCCGCUGACGCACGUCGUGCGAACAGAACGUCCUCCGGUUGGAAGUGCUGACACCCAGCCGAAGCACGAGAAGACAGGCGAUGCAGAUGAGCGCAAGCCACGUUGA